AGAGCUUAAACGAAAUACUUUGAUAAACUCCCAAACCUUAUCAGAAGCCAAGCUUUUUACUGACAAAAACAAGUAGCUGCUACGCAGCAGCUACCUUAUCAAUCACGGUGACGCUAUCAAAUCGAUAACACUCCCCCGUAUCCGUUGCGUGUCAAAUGGCCAUAAAUUGAGCCGUGACAGGAUGUCAGUCGGUCAGUUGUCUCCUGUGUCAAUCUCUCAGCAAACGGCAUUGCUUCAAUCAUGAGGCUACUAGCGCUACUUCUCGCUGCGUUCUGCACAGUGCACGCGAUCGGCGUGGAUCCUCGUACGAUCGAUUGGACGCUGGUUCGUAGCCUGCACCAAACUGACGCCAUUCGUGCCAAGCAAGGCCUGCCUCCGCUAACGGACGAUGAGGUCCGCUCCGCACGCAUUGCCGACGGACAGAUUGCUUCUCCAACGCAGUUCCCGUGGGCAGCGGGCGUCCUAAUCUCGGGCUCCUCGGCACACAGCUUCUGCAGCGGUGUGCUGAUCUCGCGUCGACAUGUUCUCACAGCCGCUGUGUGCAUUUCGGGCUCCAACACCCUGACCGUGCUGCUCGGUGCGUCGGAUAUGAAGAGCGUGGAGGAGUUUAUUGGUGUGUCGAACAUACUGUCCCAUCCGAACUACAGCUCGUUCUUCAACCGGGACGAUAUUGCGAUUCUAACGCUUGCGCAUGAGGCUCCGAUUCGCGACACGAUCCAGCCGAUUGCAUUGCCGCGCCGCAGCCAGAUCGGCAACGACUUCAACAGCUGGGCAGCGACGACCGCCGGCUGGGGUAACUCGGGACGCCGUGACAAUGAGCCGAUCCCAAUCAUAAAUCUGCAGUUCGCCACCGAUGCGGUGACGUCUAACUUCCGCUGCGGACUGUCGCAUACGUUCAUCCGUGGCACGCACAUCUGUACCGCGACGGACAAUGGAGGACCGUGCAAUGGCGAUGAAGGUGGUCCAGUAACGGUAACCGAAAGUGGGCGUACCUUCCUGAUUGGGAUCCAUUCGUUCCACUUCUCAGGCCUGUUUGGGUGUGAUCGUGGCCGGCCAUCGGUGCACACGCGCAUCACGGAGUAUCUGGACUGGAUCCAGCAGAACUCGGACGUCGUUGUAGAGCCGUAAGAAACUCUCUUGUUCAGCCGUUUGUAAUGAAUGCUACAACCAAAAUAAAGCGUCCCCACCUGUUAUCAAUCAUA